UGAAACAUUCAGUCAACAUGUCGUCUUCUUCUACAUCUGCUGUAAUUCGAAAACCUAAAGUAUUCAAGGUCGAUUUGGAUGGCAAUUUGUACUGUCAUCACGAUGUUGUUGCUGUUCUUCGAGUAGCUGGUCGUAAAAGUGAACGACAUGGUCAAGAAUUUUACGGCUGUUCUCACUGGCCUAGAGGGGAUUGCAAAUUCUUCCUCUGGAAAGAAGAUGUUGAUAAGAUGUUCGUUGAACGUUCAUACGGCACCUCAACUCAAGUGACGUUUAAAGACCUGAAGAUAAAGAACCUUGAAUUACACAAUAUGUUGUUAAUAGAAGAGAACAAGAACUGGACUAUUCAUUGUAAUCACUGUCUUCACUGUCUUCACUGUCCUGUUCUAACACAGCUUCUUUAUCACUAUGUUGACCAAAGACUUCUUCCUGUACAACCUCUUUUACUGAUUCUUUCACAACCUCUUUAA